AGAGACUUCCGGAGUAGCGGAAGACGCACGUGGACGCAUCCGAUGUUUACGUACAGCAUCCACGUCAACGAUUGUACAUAUGCUAACUUCUCAGCAACGUUUCAUUGACCAAAGCAUUGAUAACAUUUCCAUGUCGAUAACAGUCUAUCGGUGUUGACAUCCUCACAUCAUAACACGGUCAGACAAGGGCUUCUAAACCAAACCAUGAGCUGUUUGGACCAAGACAAGCCCCUCUAUCUGAAGCAACCCUCUAGUGACUCCUCUAUAACACACAAGCCUGCCGUGCAACCUCUACAUGGAUUAAAAUUGGCAUCGCACGCUGUACUGGAGAAAGCGCAGCAGUGCGGCAGGUUAAAAUGCGCCAAAUGUGGGAGAUCACGAAUGUUCUUUUGCUACACAUGCUACUCAUUAGUGGGUGUCAGCCAGCAAGAAAUCCCCUCCAUCAAGCUUCCAGUGAAGAUAGACAUCAUCAAGCACCCCAAUGAAACGGAUGGCAAGAGCACCGCCAUACACGCCAAGAUACUGGCCCCCGAUGAUGUCAACAUAUACACCUACCCCUGCAUCCCUGACUUUGAAACCGACCAGGUUGUUUUGGUUUUUCCAGGGCCAGGGUCAGUCCCAAUGCAGGACUUGGUGCAGCAUUUGAGGGACAGCUUGGAUUGUGAGCCAUCCCCGAAAAGGGCUAAAACUGAGGAGACACAAGGGCCCACACACGAUGCCCAUGACCCAGGGUCGGCGGCCCCAGAUGGGGCCACGGCCUCGGAGCCAAGGGCGUGUCCCCUCAAGAGGGUGGUUGUCAUCGACAGCACAUGGAACCAGACCAACAAGAUCGUCACAGACGAGCGGCUGCGAGGCCUGCCCCGGGUAGAGCUGAAGUCCAGGAAGACGUGUUUCUGGCGCCACCAGAAGGGCAAACCGGAGAGCUACCUGGCCACCAUUGAGGCCAUCUACUUCUUUCUCAAAGACUACCACGAGCAGUGCCUUGCUCAGGAGUACAGCGGGGAAUACGACAACCUCCUGUUCUUCUACGCCUACCUGCACACACUCGUCAACAGUGCCAAAACAGCCGCGGGAAGAGACUGAGAAGUUCAAUGAGAAAAGAGAUAAGAAAACUCAACAGUGGACAUUAUAGAAGGGUCUAUUUACAGAUUGCAAGACAGUUUGAUAUUGUAAGUAAAUCAUUGUCCCUUUUGGUCAUGA